CUGAACUGGAGACGUGAAGUGAAGAAACAGAUGGAUACGAUGGAUGAUCCUAGAUGUGGGGUUCCUGAUGUCGCAGGGUAUGCUGUCAUUGAGAAGAGUUUAAAAUGGCCAUCCACUAUCUUAACAUACAGGUAUGGUAAAAUAAUAGUUUACACAUUGCCAAGUAAUAUGGACUAAGCAUUGACUAUGCUAUGCUCAUAGCUCUUAAUAAAGAGGAAGAGCAGAUUCCUCCCUUCACAUUGGCCUCUUUGGGCAAUCAUUGGCUGCUUUUAUGGUAUGCAAUCCCCUUACUCAGGACAAUCAAAAUAAGUAUGGGUUAAUUCAACCAAAUAGAUGCAUUUAUUUUAGUAAACCGACAACUGAAGUGUUAAUCUCUCGAAAGUUGCUCAGCGUGGCCAUGUUCCUCACAUUAAUCCAGAGUGGGCUACAUAAAGCUUUAUGUACUCUACAAGGAAAUUUGUUGAUAAAACUUUAUUCAAUGAUAACAAUUGGUCUCUAGCGGUUUCAGAAGCCAUCAUCCUACCACCAUCAUUUAGGCCUACUUCCUUCAGAACAUUUAGGGAGUCAUGAUAGUUAACUACACCCCAGAUGUGCCACCAGCUGAUGUGGAUCGGAACAUCCGAGAAGCUCUUAAAAUGUGGAGCAAGGAGAGCCCCCUCCAGUUUAUACAGCUUCGUAACGGAAAUGCUGACUUGAUGAUUGCCUUUGCUGCAAAAGAACAUGGAGACUUCUUCCCAUUCGAUGGUCCUAGAGGGCUGCUGGCUCAUGCCUUCCCUCCUGGUGUGAACUUGGGUGGAGAUGUUCAUUUUGAUGAUGAAGAAACUUGGACUCUAGAUACAAAAGACUACAAUUUGUUCUCAGUGGCUGUACAUGAGUUUGGACACUCUCUGGGGCUGGCACACUCCAGUGAUCCUUAUGCACUUAUGUACCCUAUCUACACUUACUUCAAUUCUGAGAACUUCACCCUUCCGGCUGAUGAUGUCCUGGGAAUUAAGGAACUGUAUGGUUCCAGACCUUCACAUUUUGUGACUCCCACAAUCUGUAGCCAGGAGGUACCCAUUGAUGCCAUGGCACAUUGGGAAGGAGGCAUCAUCAUCUUUAAAGACAGGCACGUAUGGUAUCACCAUCCAAACUUGUCUGCACAUAAAGAAAUCCUAACAACUUCACUGUGGGGGGAGAUCCCUGAUUUUAUAGAUGCUGCCUAUAAUUUCCCAGGAAAGGACACCAUUUUGUUAUUUAAAGAGAGACAUUUCUGGUCCUUUAAUGAAUCUCACUUGGAAGUAAAAGAACCUGGAGAUAUCGGUUAUUUUGGAUUCCCAGAGUCGGUGUUGAGAAUAGAUGCUGCUGUUCAUGAUGACGACAAAGGAAAAACCUUCUUUUUUACUGGAGACCUGUGCUGGAGUUACAAUGAAAAACAAAGACGGAUGGACAGUGGGUUUCCUGUAUUUCUGGAGUCACAGUUCCCUGGUGUGGGAAAUAAAGUGGAUGCAGCUUAUAUGCAUGAGAAUGGGAACAUCUAUUUUUACCAGGGAGAAACACAGAUUGAAUAUGACCCAAAGAUCCGCCGUGUUAUAGAUGUCAGAGAAAAGUUCUUGUGUUAGCAAUCCUAUUAUUAUUGAAACCCUAACAAAGUAUAUAGAUGUAUAUGACAACUCUAUUUAUAUUAAAAUAUAUUCU